AUGCGAACGUACAAGUCAUAUUCUUUUGCUUUGAUAGGGAAAGUGUGUUCAGGGAAGUCUUCUAUUUUUACUUCACUGACGCAGCAAGUCCCCAAGACCACAUACACAAGCACUUCCUUUAAUACAUAUGACGUUGUAAGGUUUGAAGAUGAUGAAGACAUAGUGAACAUUGAAGUAUUAGACACACCGGGGAUAUCACUUUCAGAGGCAUUAACUACUAUCUUUAAUUCCACAGUCUCUUGUUUACUCUAUAUCGUUGACUUGACUAAAAAAGAGGUGUAUGAAGAAAUAGAAAUCGUUCUUAAAGAACUCAAUCGACUCAGCGCAAACAAAAGCACAUCAAGUUGUGGGUCAACGGGGUCAUCUUUGUCCGUCAGAUUCGGUCUUCCUUUUGUGUUCGUCGCGACGAGAAAAGAUUUGGUUAAGCCACAAGUCGCAAAUGCCUUCAUCGAAAGAGUUCGUGAGAAGGGGUUCGAUGCUUUUGUGUGUGACGCAAAUGACAUCGAGGCCGUAAAUACGCUGUUCGACGACUUGGUCUAUGAGCCUUAUGUGUCUCCACAAUUUUCACAAAAAGUCGAAAAGGUAUUUAAAGUCGACAAAAAGAAAGGAAAGAAGAAAUGUGCUCUUCCCUGUGUCUUUUUUUAA